UCGGCUCACUCACUCUCGCUCGACCUAUGUUCUUGAGCUGGUUGAUGAGAUAGCAACUGGAUCAAAGUUGUACUCUCUUGCCUCCCCGUGACCAUAGUGAAUCGCCCUCUGCGUUCGAUUUAUGUUGCUCUUGCGGUAGUUCCCCCAACUGCCACCAUGCAGAACGAGGAGGGUAAGACUGUGGACCUCUAUGUCCCCAGGAAGUGCUCGGCCACAAACAGGAUCAUCACUGCCAAGGACCAUGCCUCUGUCCAGAUCAACAUUGGCCACUUGGAUGCGAAUGGCCUGUAUGAUGGUCACUUCACAACGUUUGCUCUCUCUGGGUUUGUCCGUGCUCAGGGCGACGCAGACAGCUCCUUGGACAGGCUGUGGCAGAAGAAGGCUGAUAUCAAGCAGUAGAUUUUACAUCUAGUUUACCAAGAAUUGGACACUGCCUUAGCUAUGUUUUGAAUUCAUGUCACUAUAUGCAAUGUUGUGAUUUCAGCUGGUACCUUAAAUCUGAAGAUUUAGUAUCUUUGUUGGGUUCCUUCUGAGUUUGAUGUGUGGUGUUCAAUUCAACCGUCCAGUCUCCAGUGGCACCGAAAUAUGCUGUUGGUGUAGUUUCAUUCAAAAAACGUGCCAUUCAA